CGGCGGCGUCGGCGGCAGCGACAGCACUAGGAGCGGCUUUUGCGGAGCUCGCGUCAUUUUUAGCGCGCUCCCUCACUCGCUAAACCCUACGGAACAAAAACACAGUUGUGUCGCGCGGCGCGUGCUAGUGGCAUGGCCUCAGCAUGAACGCCGGCGAGCAGAGUAUCGUGGCCGAUUGGCUCCGCACCCUGGGACUGCCUCAGUACGCGGAGAGCUUCGUGGACAACGGAUACGAUGACCUGGAGAUCUGCAAGCAGAUCGGCGAGCCGGACUUGGAUGCCAUCGGCGUCACCGAUCCGAGGCACAGGGAUCGCGUGCUCCAGGCCGUGCGAGUGUUGCUCGAGCAGGGUGGUACGUCGGUGUACUUCACACUCGAGGAAGCUGCCAGGCAUUCGCGCGUUUCGGCGGCAUCGGCCAGCGAGUACGGAUUCGACGACUGGGCUCCGCCGCCGGCACCGGCGGCGCCGGACAAAGCUGCUGUGCGGCCGGAUUCGCUCCGCUACUUUCAGGACGAGUACGAAGAGGGCAAGGCCGAACUGGUGCGCUUUCCUAAGAUGCAGCUCAAGAUCAUGGUCAGGGAGAAAAUGGUUCGCGAUGGGAUACGCCUCAGCAUGCAGCCGUACAGCAACCCGGACGGCAGUCGCGGAGACCUGGACGGUCUCGCGAGGCGCUACGCGGAAGAACUGCGGACACACUUCCAGGACGUUCUCGAGAGACUAGAGGAACUCCGGAAGCGCCGAGUGGCUGCCGACUUUGCUCAGCUUCCGGAGCCCUUGGGCUCUGGCGGCCUGCUGGACGGCCGUGCUUCAAUUAGUCCUCAGGAGCCGUGCUCGAGCAGCACGGACCCUGAGGACCAGGAUUCUAUAUGA